AGCUGAAAAAAAAAAAGUUAACAAACUAAGAAUCUAAAGAAACUUACCUCAACUUGAUCUUUGGAAUUUGAUUAACGUCCGAAUAAAGCAUACUCCUUUAAUGUUUUUUCAGAUUGAAAAGCUUUGGUUCUUGUGCGGUCACAUGACUUCUUCUUCUUCUCGUACUUUCUUGUUUUUCUUUUCCUUAUUUGAAACAGAUAGAAUUUGGCAAAUCUAAUUCACUACUAGAAAGUACGGUUUCUUCUUAGCACCUCUCCUCUUUGAUAUGAGGACCGCUUGAUAGAGAAGCGCACAGAAACUGUUCGACGAAAUGCUCCAAAGAUGGUCUCUCUCAACUCAGGCCCCGUUUCUUCUUUUGCUUAUAUGAAUUCGCUGAUUGAUUCCGAUACCCUUUUGCCUCUAUCUUCUUUCUCUGCCUUCAAUCCCAUUUGUUCGGGGAAAUUGAGUCUCUUAGCUGAUGGGAAAAGUUGUGGGCCUGUUCAAUGGUUUCUUGAGGUCAAGCUGAGGAAGAAAGGUUGUUGCUUUAGGCGCAGUGGGGUUCUGAGGAUGUGCAAUAACCAAGAUUUGGGAUGGGAUAGCGAUAAGGAUCUGGAAACUGAGAUUUUGGAGUUCAUGAAGAAUUCUGAGAAACCUGGCAUGUUUCCGAGCAAGAAGGAUUUAAUCAGGUCCGAAAGAUUUGAUCUUGUGGAGAGAAUCGUAAACCAAGGUGGGUGGCUUUCAAUGGGAUGGGACUUGGAUGAACAACAAGAAGAGGAGGUCCGAGUAAAAGAGAAGAACGUCGUGCUAGGGGACUUGCCUAUUGAGAAACAGCUUCAUAAUCUUUCCUCGAAUGCUUCAUCUUCAAGAGAAGAAGUAGAUGGUAAGAAUGAGAGUGGAAUUGAAGGCAUUUUGACCAGAUUGGAGAAAGAAAGGAAUUUGAGUCUAGGGAUAAACUUGAGUGGGAAAGGAGAAAGCAAUGGUGCCAUGUAUGAUGAUAUCACCCUAAAUGGUUCCCUUCCUCGUUCUUCAAUUAUUGUGACAGCUAGUGAGUUUCAAGAAGUCGACGGUAGUAGAAGUUCAGGGGAAUAUGGACAAAGUAGGUAUCAAGAAGCCAAGCCAGUUUCAGGAAACAAUUCGUCUACAUCAGAAACGUGGAGAACAUGGAGUAUGAGGAGAGCUGGCUUUACUGAUGAAGAUUUUGAAGCUGCUGAAAUAUCUUCAAGUAGCUUGGUUGGUCUAAAGAAGGAUGAUACGAAUAAGGAUUCAAACGGAAAAGACAAAACUGCAUCUUACUCUGAAGAUAUAAAUACAACUCAUAUCAAAAGCCGUCUUCAGAAUCUCCAGUCAGAACUUUCUUCUGUUCUUCAAUCCCUUAGGUCUCCUCCUGAUGAAGUUGUAACAAGCAAGGAUAGUGAGAUAAAAUCUGGAAACUUGGAGAACCUCAAUGAUGAUUGGGAGUUCAAAGAGAAUGAAAUCAUAUAUGCCCAGAACAAGCUACGGUCUACGAGGGCAAAGCUAGCUGUUCUCGAAGGAAAGAUGUCUAUGGCUAUAAUAGACGCACAGAGGAUUGUAAGGGAGAAACAGAGAAAAAUAGAUCAUGCAAGGAGAGCUUUACGGUUACUCCGGACUGCAUCCAUAGUAUGGCCUAACUCAGCCUCGGAAGUUUUACUAACGGGUUCAUUUGACGGUUGGUCAACUCAGAGGAAAAUGAAGAAAGCACAGAACGGAGUCUUCUCUUUGUCGCUGAAGCUAUAUCCUGGAAAAUACCAGAUAAAGUUUGUAGUUGAUGGCCAGUGGAAAGUGGACCCGCUUCGACCCAUUGUUACUUGUGAUGGAUAUGAAAACAAUCUGCUCAUCAUCUCGUGAGGUCAUUGCUAAUCCCACCAUCCAUGGAGCAUUGAACUGAAUCAUUAGGGUUUUAGUUUCUUUUGUAAUUUUCACUUUCAAGUAGAGCAAGGUAGCCAGGGAAAGCAGUAGAGCUGUAGGUUUUUUAAUCUUGAAAAAACAAGAAAGUAAGAAAAAAAAAUCUGUAUAUCUCAAUUUUCAUCAUUGUAAUGACUAUUCCUCUGACGAGAAUAAUGCAAACAAUUGACUUCUCA